AGGUGCCAAAAUGCUGCUGUUUGGAGAAUGAACAACGCCUAAGCAGAUUGCAUAAGCAAGUUUCGGCUUUCGAUCCAAGCACUUUGUACAUAUACGUUGCGGAAUGCGCGUCGGCCGUGAUUACUCACGGCGCCCAAAAAUAAUAUAUUUUACGCUAAUCUUGCUAUCUCGGAUUUUGCACAUUGCACACACAUUCGCCACUGCUGCCCUUUUAUGCGUUAUUGGAUUCAGUCGACGAAGUUGCGCAAUAAACAACAAACACGCACGGACUCAAAUUCGGAGAAGAAAUGCACGAAAAUGAGUGAAAGGAGUCAUUCUCAGAAGGCGCCAGGAGGCAUAUCACAUAUGCGUCAGCACGCGCACUACUGAUCCCCAAAUAGGCAGUCCGGGCUCUUGCCCGAGUACCACCCCAGAAUGGUGCAUCGCGGGUGCGGGCGCCCGUGCCCGGUCGGGCAGCGACCCAGACGGGAACCUCUUCCCGAGUGGGAGAUUGAUACACAUCGGCCCAGAUUUUUUCAUUGAUCAUAAAAAAUCAAACAGUUUCCGCAGAUUUGUAGCACACUUACAUUGUUUUUUGAACG